UAAUUCUUUAUGAGAAUACUUAAUAAUUAUUAUUUUUCUGCCGAUCGUUAGUGAGUUCUCUAAUUUUCACAAUAAUACUUUAGUUAAAGGCAACUGAUAUAUAAAAGUUAUAUUAAAAAAACUGCCAAGAUGGUGGUACGUUCGUAUAACGAUGAACUAAAAUAUUUGGAGAAAAUCAACCCUUAUUGCUGGCGCAUAAAAAAGGGGUUCCAGCCAAAUAUGAACGUCGAGGGGGUGUUUUACGUAAAUGAAACUCUGGAAAAACUUAUGUUGGAUGAACUAAGGAAUGCUUGUAGGCCUGGAAUGGUCGGAGGGUUUCUGCCCGGUGUAAAACAGAUUGCCAAUGUAGCAGCAUUACCCGGAAUAGUAGGAAAGUCCAUAGGGCUCCCAGACAUCCAUUCAGGCUACGGGUUUGCCAUAGGUAAUAUGGCCGCUUUCGAUAUGAACGAUCCACUUUCCGUCGUCAGUCCUGGUGGGGUAGGAUUUGAUAUAAAUUGCGGAGUUAGGCUGUUAAGAACUAACUUAUUCGAACGUGACGUUCAACCUAUCAAAGAACAGCUUGCCCAAAGUUUGUUUGAUCAUAUCCCGGUGGGAGUUGGAUCCAAAGGUAUAAUCCCAAUGAAUGCCAAAGACCUAGAAGAAGCCUUAGAGAUGGGUAUGGACUGGUCCCUUAGGGAGGGAUACAUUUGGGCUGAAGAUAAAGAGCAUUGUGAAGAGUAUGGUAGGAUGCUCAAUGCUGACCCUUCAAAAGUGAGCAUGAGGGCGAAAAAAAGGGGGUUGCCCCAGUUGGGAACCUUGGGAGCUGGAAAUCAUUAUGCAGAGAUCCAAGUGGUUGAUGAAAUCUAUGAUAAAUGGGCCGCAAGCAAGAUGGGGAUUGAAGAAAAAGGGCAAGUUUGUGUUAUGAUCCAUUCAGGUAGCAGAGGUUUUGGUCACCAAGUGGCCACCGAUGCCCUAGUCGAAAUGGAAAAAGCAAUGAAAAGAGACAAUAUAGAAACGAACGACCGUCAGCUGGCUUGUGCCCGAAUCAACAGCCCAGAAGGUCAGGACUACUUGAAAGCGAUGGCGGCGGCCGCUAACUUCGCUUGGGUUAACAGGAGUUCGAUGACGUUUUUAACUAGGCAGGCGUUCGCUAAACAAUUUUUGGUGACACCGGACGAUUUGGAUAUGCACGUUAUUUACGAUGUUUCUCAUAAUAUCGCUAAAGUUGAGGAGCAUAUUGUCGAUGGAAAACAGAAGACUCUUCUUGUACAUCGAAAGGGAUCAACCAGGGCGUUCCCUCCACACCAUCCCUUAAUACCUGUGGAUUAUCAGUUGACCGGCCAACCGGUUCUUAUCGGUGGUACCAUGGGUACAUGCAGUUAUGUGCUGACUGGGACUGAGCAAGGAAUGUUGGAAACUUUCGGGUCAACUUGCCACGGAGCGGGAAGAGCAUUAUCCAGGGCAAAAUCGAGGAGGAACAUUGAUUAUACGGAGGUGCUCAGGAGGCUGGAAGAUAUGAAUAUUGCCAUAAGAGUCGCUUCGCCCAAAUUGGUCAUGGAGGAGGCUCCGGAGUCCUAUAAAAACGUAACCGAUGUGGUGGACACUUGUCAUGCUGCCGGAAUUUCGAAAAAGACCAUUAAAUUAAGGCCCAUUGCUGUUAUCAAGGGUUGAUUUGUGAAGAGGCUUUUUUUGAUUUUACUCUGGAUUAAUUUAGUUACAUUUUGGAUUGAAAAGAGAGAUCGAGGAAAAAUGUGAUGAACCUUUUAUAAUUCUAAAUACUUCCUUUAUACUAAUAAAUAUUGUUUUGCAUUUAAAAGGA